AUGUCCAUAUUUCUUUGGCUUUUGUUCCUUCCAGCUGUGCUGUGCCAACUCUCCUCCGGGAGUCUUAAAAAGUUUCCCAAUGCUCUGGCGCUGGGAAACAACUUUGAUCCGAUAAUUGCCGCCUACUGGACCGGUCUUCCUCACCAUCGCCGGACACCUUUUUCGGUGUCGCCUGAUGGGAAAUCGGCCUAUUUGGCCUACCUUUCGACUUCAUAUGCUAGUGUUUUCAUUCAGCAGGUUGACCCGGCCACAUUCGCAGCGGUUGGUAAGCCCGUUGAGAUAUCCGGUGCCAGAGAGGCCGGCGGUCUUGUGGCAAGAAAUGAUGGGUUUGCCGUCUUGGUCAAUAUCGACAACCCAUCGACAGAGCACCCGAUAUCUACAAUUGUCCGGUACAAGGGUGGCACCAAGGCAUGGACCAGGCCGGUCAAUGGACCAGGAGUCCACGAGUCGGAUGGGCUGUCUUCUUCCCCCGACAUGAACGGUGACUUGGUGUACUCCGAGGCGGCAGGGCUAUAUGCCGCAUACUUUGUUGUCACUGCAUAUACCGGAGGGGCAUCAGGGCACUUUGGUGAUUCUAUUCAAUAUGUCAACGAUAGUGGCGAGAUUAAAAACAUUGCUGGCGCUUCGAGCACAUUCGGGUGCUCGCACAACACGGGAAUAGCUCUCGAGGAGGCGGAUGCUGCGCCGUUCGCCAGUGUCUGCGCAGAGGAUCACGGUGCCAUCUGGUUGAACACGAAAACUCAAUACAUGAGCGGCGUUAAAAUCGCUAACGAGAACACCACCAACGGUGUCAGUGGAGAACCGAUGGGCGGCAUGGGUGGCUCUUACAGCAGUCUGGCUCUAUUCCCCGGAACAUCGACAUAUAUCUUCGCUUGGCAAUCCCGCGGCGCGGUUUCCUUGACACGGGACGACUGGAUGGGUGAUGGCUAUACCUCCUGCUCUCCCCGUUGGCUCAACCAUAAUGUAGCCAUUUCAAUGCUAAAGGAUAAGUCUACCCUUCAAGGCCCAGAAGCCAUCUCGAAGGUCGGAGCAGCUAGCGGAGACGAUCAAGUGACCUGGAUCACAAAGUCAUCGACAACAGACCAGCAGAAUGUCAGGGUAGCUGCGCUGGACUCUUCCAACGCCAUUGUCACCUGGGAGCAGCUUUCAAAUCCACACUGCGAUCCCGUGCCAUUGUCAUGCACGGGGACAUUCUCGGGAACCUUCUUCCAGCAGGUCGAUUCACAGGGCAAGAAGGUUGGAGAGGCGAUUUCCGCUAAAGAUGUCCUUGUGGCGGGCGACAUGCAAAGGAUUGAAGGGAAGGGUGUUUGUUGGCCGUAUGUGAGCAUGGACUGGGACUUGAGCCAGCCGAAGGAUAGAGGGACAUAUGUUUCCUCCAUGUCAUUCGCCUGCAUUGGAGGUAGUGGUUCCGGUACUCCAGCACCCACUUCCCAACAAUCGACCGCUACACCUUCAGAGACGGCCCCGCCUGUCGCUGGGCCUUCUGAGACAAAGACGGAGAGCUCCGCGGCAUCAGUUCCAAGCCCCGCUACCACACUCGUCACCCCCGAGGCCACGAAUAUGAAUACUAGAUCCCCCGCAACGACCCCCACAUCAAGUGCACCAUACGCCUUCACAACAUGUGAUGCCAAAAAUGGAUGUCCAGAUGGCCUUCGCUGCUACUCAUUCAAAUCAGGAUACUCGGUCUGCAUACCCGCCUAGGGCUCUUAAUUGGUAAUUGGGGGGGAGGGGGAAAAGGCAGCCAAGUUUAAUGUAUUGUACUCGAGGGGCUACUCGCGAACACAAAUCCCUUCCAAUGUUAAUAAAUAGAUAAAAUAAAAAGAGGGAAAAGAGGAUUAGAGAAAA